AUGAGUUGGCAUGAAGGACAUAUUUGGAAAGGUGCUAUUGAUACUGGUGGAGACUAUCUCUGUUACCAAUACAUUGUUAAAUAUAGAGGUCAACUAGAAAGAAUAGAAGAAUGUGAUUGGAGAAAAGUUUUUAUGCCUAGUAAUGCAAGAUUCAUUGAAAAGUGGGCAUAUCCUUUAUGUAGUCAAGUUUAUUACGAUCCAAUAAAAACUCUUGUUAUUGAGUUUGACAAUGAACCAUUGAAGUCAGAAAAAUCAGAAGAAAGUUGUGAUAAUGAAAUAUCUGCUGAGGUAGAUGAAGCUAUUAUUAUCUCUGCUGAAAAUGAAAAAGAAGAUAUUAUGGAAGAAAUGAAUGAAAAUUUUGUUAAAUCAAAAAAAAUAUGUGUCAAUUCUAUUCACAAUAGAAUGGGAAGCCCUGAAUUAGAGUACCUUAACACCCAAAAACAACUGACAGAAGAAAAUAAAGGUAUAAAAGAAAGUAAAAAACAAGCUAAACAACAAGCCAUUAAAGAAGCAGAAGAGAAGGCAAAGAAAGAAGCAGAAGAGAAAGCCAGAAAAGAAGCAGAAGAGAAGGCUAGAAAAGAAGCAGAAGAAAAAGCAAGACAAGAAGCAGAGGAGAAAGCUAGAUUAGAAGCCGAAGAGAAAGCAAGACAAGAAGCAAAAGAGAAGGCAAAGAAAGAAGCAGAGGAAAAAGCUAGACAAGAAGCAGAAGAGAAGGCAAGACAAGAAGCCGAAGAGAAAGCUAGAUUAGAAGCCGAAGAGAAAGCUAGACAAGAAGCAGAAGAAAAAGCAAGACAAGAAGCAGAAGAAAAAGCAAGACAAGAAGCAGAAGAAAAAGCAAGACAAGAAGCAGAAGAAAAAGCAAGACAAGAAGCAGAAGAAAAAGCAAGACAAGAAGCAGAAGAGAAGGCUAGACAAGAAGCAGAAGAGAAGGCUAGACAAGAAGCAGAAGAGAAAGCUAGACAAGAAGCAGAAGAGAAGGCUAGACAAGAAGCCGAAGAGAAAGCUAGAUUAGAAGCCGAAGAGAAAGCAAGACAAGAAGCAGAGGAAAAAGCUAGAAAAGAAGCCGAAGAGAAAGCAAGACAAGAAGCCGAAGAGAAAGCAAGACAAGAAGCCGAAGAGAAAGCUAGAAAAGAAGCCGAAGAGAAAGCUAGAAAAGAAGCCGAAGAGAAAGCUAGAAAAGAAGCCGAAGAGAAAGCUAGAAAAGAAGCCGAAGAGAAAGCUAGACAGGAGGCAGAGGAAAAAGCCAGAAAAGAAGCCGAAGAGAAAGCAAGACAAGAAGCAAAAGAGAAGGCAAAGAAAGAAGCCGAAGAGAAGGCAAGACAAGAAGCAGAAGAGAAGGCUAGACAAGAGGCAGAAGAGAAAGCUAGAAAAGAAAAGUCUGAGCAAGCAAAGAAAGAAGCAAAAGAGAAGGCAAAGAAAGAAGCAAAGAAAGAAGCAAAGAAAGAAGCAAAGAAACAACAACUUAAACAAAGGGGAGAUAUAAAGAAAAAGGUGGAGGAGGUUAAAGAAAAAGAUAGCAAAGAAGUCAUUACCCCAAAGAAUGAUAGCCGUGUUGUUAUAAUUUUUUUGUCAGUUUUGGUUGUUAUAGCUCUAAUGUUUGUGAUUAUAUCUAUGUUACGAAAUAAGCCAACAAGUAGUAUUUGA